ACGGACUGACUGAGGCUGUAGGUGCGGUGCCGUUGGACGUUGAGCGGUUAUUCGUGGACGUUGACGACGGAUUUUCUCGAGAUAUACACACACACACAGACUGAAAACAAACCGGGGUGGAGAUUUUCAUACCGAACCGAGAGACGAAUUUAUAUAACAGCUAAGUGCUCGCUACGGUUACCGUUAGGACGAGUUUUGACAUAACCGUUGAUGUAAAUUCGUAUUUACAUAACCAGCUUUUACGGUCUGAGCAGCUUCAACCGCCGAGUUAAAGCUAAGUAAAGCCCUCUGACACUUAAAACAACGUGUUUUAGAGUGUUUAAACGUUAUAAUCCGGUUUGUUUAUCACGUAUUUUUUGAUUAUACGGAGAAAAAAAAAACAAGUUAUACAACAAAGCAACGCUGCUGCUCGUCAUCUGAAACCGGGUCCUAAAGUCCGCCGCGUUUGGGUUGGACACAUUUUCACGGGAGCGCGCGUGGGCGCCGUCUCGUGCCCAAAUGGUUCAGCAGAUAGCGGUUUUUAAAUUCAUCGACAUAAUGGAAAAGGUCCUGUUAGAGCAAGGUUAAUUUAAAAAGUAAUUACACUUUUAAAAAAAAAAGGAUUUUUUCAUAUUUGGAUUCCCUUGUUUCUUCAGUUUUUUUUUGUGACUGGAUUUUUUUUAAAUAAAAGGGACAAAUAUAUAAAAGACUCGUCCAGUUGAGUAAUGGUCAUUAAUACGAUCCACUGGUUCAGGAAGGGCUUGCGGCUCCACGACAACCCGUCCCUCAAGGAAUCUCUGCUGGGCGCGGACACGGUCCGCUGCGUCUACAUCCUCGACCCCUGGUUCGCGGGUUCUUCCAACGUUGGGAUCAACAGGUGGAGGUUCUUACUGCAGAGUCUUGAGGAUUUGGACUCCAGCCUCCGUAAGCUCAACUCUCGACUGUUUGUGAUUCGAGGCCAACCCACUGAUGUCUUUCCCAGACUUUUCAAGGAGUGGAACAUUUCUCGUUUGUCCUACGAGUACGACUCUGAGCCGUUUGGGAAAGAGCGAGAUGCAGCUAUUAAGAAACUGGCCUCUGAGGCUGGAGUGGAGGUGACAGUCCGCAUCUCCCACACACUCUAUGACCUGGACAAGAUCAUAGAGUUGAACGGGGGUCAGUCUCCGCUCACCUACAAGCGAUUCCAGACCCUCAUCAGUCGUAUGGAUGCGGUGGAGUUGCCCGCCGAGUCCAUCACGGCGGAAAUCAUGGGCAAGUGCAGCACGCCGCUGUCCGACGACCACGACGACAAAUUUGGGGUCCCGUCCUUGGAGGAGCUUGGUUUCGAUACCGAAGGUCUGUCCUCAGCUGUGUGGCCGGGGGGAGAGACCGAAGCCCUCACAAGACUUGAGAGGCAUUUGGAGAGGAAGGCGUGGGUGGCCAACUUCGAGCGUCCCAGAAUGAACUCCAACUCUCUGCUCGCCAGCCCGACAGGCCUCAGCCCGUACCUGCGCUUCGGCUGCCUCUCCUGUCGCCUCUUCUACUUCAAACUCACCGACCUCUACAGGAAGGUGAAGAAGAACAGCUCUCCUCCUCUGUCGCUGUACGGCCAGCUGCUGUGGCGCGAGUUCUUCUACACGGCGGCGACCAACAACCCCUGUUUCGACAAGAUGGAGAGCAACCCCAUCUGCGUUCAGAUCCCGUGGGACCGCAACCCAGAGGGGCUCGCCAAAUGGGCAGAGGGCCGGAGCGGCUUCCCCUGGAUAGACGCCAUCAUGACUCAGUUGAGGCAGGAGGGCUGGAUCCACCACCUGGCGAGGCACGCCGUGGCCUGUUUCCUGACCAGAGGGGACCUGUGGAUCGGCUGGGAGGAGGGCAUGAAGGUGUUCGAGGAGCUGCUGCUGGACGCAGACUGGAGCGUGAACGCCGGCAGCUGGAUGUGGCUCUCCUGCAGCUCUUUCUUCCAGCAGUUCUUCCACUGCUACUGCCCCGUGGGAUUUGGCCGACGCACAGACCCCAACGGAGAUUACAUACGGCGCUACCUGCCCAUUCUGAGAGGGUUCCCGGCCAAGUAUAUUUACGACCCCUGGAACGCUCCGGAGAGCGUGCAGAAGGCAGCUAAAUGUAUCAUCGGAGUGCAUUACCCAAAGCCCAUGGUGAACCACGCAGAGGCCAGCCGCAUCAACAUCGAGCGAAUGAAACAGAUCUACCAGCAGCUCUCCUGUUACAGAGGCCUCGGCCUUCUGGCUACAGUCCCGUCCAACUCCAACGGUAACGGCAACAGUGAGUCGGGAUAUCCUGUUGAGGCUUCGCGUGACGCUGCAGCUCCAUCUGGCUAUCAGAUGCCGGUUCACUCGCAGGGAGACUGGCAGAGCGGCGUCAUGAUGUACAUGCAGGGAGAUCCACAAAGCAUCGGCACACCGCAGCAGGGUUACGCAGGCACCAGUGCCAGUGUGAUGCGGUAUGCCCAAGGCUCACAGCAGAUUCCCGGUCCCGUAAUUCAGAAAGGACCCGAACACCACUGCACCUCUCAGACCGUCGGCAAGCGGCACAAUGAGGACUCCAGGAGCUGCAAAGGCUCUAAAGUUCAGAGACAGAGCAGCCACUAGGAAGGAGUGUCUGCAGACCGUGAACACAGCCCGACACGACAUGGACACAUUUUUGUUGUUUUUUUGUUACAGCACUACACUGUUGCAUGAACACACCUUCAGGAGAAACUCACCAUUAAAACACACUCGCACGUUUCUCACUGGGACUGUAUAUUAUCAUGUGGACUGCACGGCCCGGCCCAGACAGCACUGGAGCGGCUGUUCUCUUUAUGUUCGGGGUUUAAUAUUGCCGGGACAACAAGUCUUUGUGUAUAUAAUGAAUUUGCUAAUUUCAGCUCACAUACAACUUGUACAUAUUUGGAUAUUGUAUGUGCGUUUUCUCUCUUUGUGUAGCCAUAGACCCACUGAUAUAUUUUUGAUAUGAGAAAUCGUUGUGGAUGGAUUCUUUCUUUUUGGAAAAUUUGCAAUAAAAAAAGAAAACAUUUAUAGACCGUCCAUUCCCAAAACACGAUGAGAAAUCUUGUAUCUAACACCGCUGCCUGUCCUCUCAUUUGUUGUACUUCCCUCCUUUCGAGCCAUCCGACGUAUCAACAUUAAUGUUUCCAUCAUUUCCUUUCUCUAUCUCAGUACUAGUCGUUUUUUGUUCCUUACCGCCGUAGAAGCAACAUCAGCGUGAUGUUAUCGUGUAAAAAGGCGACAGGCGAGUAGAGAAUCUUCAUAUCAUGGUGUCAACAUCAUGGACCUGUAUAAUCCCCCUCAAUAAAUGUACCACUGGAGAGAACUGCUUCACUUGUUCUUGUGUCCUCUCUCUGUGCUUGUUUAAUUAAACAUGGGUUAAAUAUA